UCUCUGCACCGGGGCGCCAGGGGGCCUCGCUCUGCCGCAGGGCCCCCUCGGCCCGCUGUGGCAGCUGGCCAUGAGGUCGUCCUUCUAUCCCUGCUACAACUCCACCUGGGUGGAGACUGGCUACUCCGCGACGUUGGGCGGGCUGCUCUUUGGCUCGGGCCUGCUGGGCAACCUGCUGGCCCUGGGGCUGCUGGCACGCUCGGGGCUGGGGUCGCGGGCGGCGCCCUCGGUCUUCUACGUGCUGGUGUGCGGCCUGACCGCCACCGACUUGCUGGGCAAGUGUCUCGUGAGUCCGGUGGUGCUGGCUGCCUACGCGCAGAAUCGGAGCCUUUGGGGACUUUUGCCCACGCCGGGCAACUCUCUGUGCCAAGCGUUCGCCUUCACCAUGUCCUUCUUUGGGCUCGCCUCGACUCUACAGCUCCUGGCCAUGGCCCUGGAGUGCUGGCUAUCCCUGGGGCACCCCUUCUUCUACCAACGGCACGUCACCCCGCGCCGGGGCGCGCUCGUGGCGCCGGGCGUGGGCACCUUCUGCCUGGCUUUCUGCGCGCUCCCCUUCGCGGGCUUCGGGAGGUUCGUGCAGUACUGUCCCGGCACCUGGUGCUUCAUCCAGAUGGUCCACGAGGAGCGCUCGCUGUCGGUGCUGGGCUACUCGGUGCUCUACUCCAGCCUCAUGGCCCUGCUGGUCCUCGCCACGGUGCUGUGCAACCUGGGCGCCAUGAGCAACCUGUACGCCAUGCAUCGCCGGCUGCGCCCGGGUUCGCGCGGCGGCUCCCGGGACCACGCCGACAGCCGCUCGGGCCCGAAGGAGGCGUGCGCCCAUCCCCUGGAGGAGCUGGACCACCUCCUGCUGCUGGGCCUCACCACCGCGCUCUUCACCGUGUGCUCCCUGCCUUUAAUUUACCGCGCUUACCAUGGAGCCUUCAGACCUGUCAGCAGCACAGCCUCUGAAGAAUCGAAUGACCUCCAAGCCUUGCGUUUCCUGUCAGUCAUCUCCAUUGUGGAUCCCUGGAUUUUCAUCAUUUUCAGGACUUCGGUAUUUCGGAUGUUGUUUCAUAAAGUUUUCAUAAGACCUCUUACCUAUAGAAACUGGCACAGCCAUUCCUACCGAACUAACAUAGAAUCCAGUUUGUGAAAAAAUUCUCUGGGAAGCUGAAAAAAGGUAUAUCACAUAUUCAGACAAAGAACUAUGACUUAAAAUUUAAAUCCUCAAAAAUUAUCUCCCGUAACUAAAAUAUCUAAAUGCAUUUUUUUUUUAUUUUUUAUUUUUAGUUUUUCGAGGUAGGGUCUCACUCUGGUCCAGGCUGACCUGGAAUUAACUCUGUCAUCUCAGGGUGGCCUUGAACUCAUGGCGAUCCUCCUACCUCUGCCUCCCAAGUGCUGGGAUUAAAAGCGUGCGCCACCACGCCCGGCAACUCUAAAUGCAUUUUGAAAAUUAUUUGUUAUAUCUUAUCAAUGUUGUCAGUGCAUUCAUGAUCCAUUUCAGCCCACUUUUCAUUUUGUGCUAUUAACUAACAACAAGUAAAUUUUAUAUGCCGUAAACAAUGUUAUAAGUAUUACAGCAAUGAUAUUAAUUUCCCAAACAUCUGUUCUUGGUAGCCCUAAGUUUUUAAAGAGGUCUUUGGACCUGUGCUAUUUAAUAUAUUAUUUAAAUACAGUAGAAAUGCUGUUGUUUAUAACUACAUAUUAUGAUGUGUAUACUUGAAAGAGCAUAGCCAUGUCUUACCCAGUCCAUUCCCAGUGAAACCCAACACAUUUAUUUCAUAUCAUAAUCACUCCUGUUAGGUUAUUUUCUUUGACAACUGGCCUAAGGAUAACCUAAAUUCAAGAUGCUCCUCAGAGAAGUGAAUUGGGAAACAGGUCCAGGGCAGGCAUUUGGGAAGGCCAUGUAGGGAUGCUCACAGCCUCAGGUGGACACAUGCAGCUCUAAUGCUGCAGAAUAUAAAGGGCAAGAUGUGACUGUGGCCCACAACUCAGCAGAGAGUCAGCUAUUAUCUUUUGAAGUCUAGUCUCUCAUGGAUAGGCAGAGACGGGAAUCAGUAUUUUGGAGUUAGCUCCAACAUGUCCUUUCCAUUCUUAGAUCAAGCUCCACUUUACAGACUUAUCACAUGAGUGGAUUCUUUGAAGGAAGAAUGUGUGCUUUGUGGAAAGCGACUCACCAGAAAGACACAUUUACUAAGUUCAGUUGUGUGAAGCAACAGGCCAUUUGUGCUGCACGAGGCCCAAGCAGGAUUGAACCUGGCUCUAACGGCUACCUAUUAUGGCUACAUUCUGCUGUUUAUAGAGAUGGUGAGAUGGUUUGUAAAAGCUGGUGGCAAUUUGGGAAUUGUAAAAGGUAUGCUCUCUCAAAAUUGGAGCAGGACAUUGCUCAGAAGGAGUACUACCAAGCACUUUAAUUGCACAUUUACAAGUUUACAAAGGUUAGCAACACUGACCAAUAGGCGAAGGUGGGGAAAUAACUGUAGCUGAGCAAGAGUCUAUAAUUCUAGUUAGCAGCAAGAGCUUUCACCUACAGUGAAGGACAGAUGGAGGGUAAAGGGGGGGGGGUUCCAGCAUGGCUGCAGUCCUCGAGUACCCAGAAACAGACUGAAACAGUGAGCUGCUCCAUUUCAUAGUUUCAAGACUCUGCAGCCAGAAAUCCCUUCCCGUGACAAGAGUAUCUACCUUCGUUACAGCUUAACAGAAACCUUGUGUUUCACCUGUUUUUUUUUUUUUCCCCUCCAUUAUCUCAGAGAUGGUAUUAACCUGGUAAUAUGCUUGUUUUUGUAUAGCAAGACUGUGAAAAAGCCAAAUUAUAAGUACAAGAAGUAUAAUUUGAGAGUAUGCUACGAUGAAAAUGCAGUUGUUUUUAAAGUUUGGCUUCUGUGUGUUUAUUGUAUAAGGAAUCAGGGCGUGCGUGUGUGUGUGUGUGUGUGUGUGUGUGUGUGUGUGUAGAAGUACGUCUGUUUGUGCUCUGCUUUUGUUCCGAUAACUUGA